UCCGCAUUUCUUCUCUUCUCCCCCCUCGCUUGUUCGUCGCGUCCUCCUCCUGCUCAGAUCAAGAAACCGUGUCCUGUCGUGCCCCUGGGAACCAUCGGGGAUCGAUUGCCGUUCCUCUCCCGCACCUCAGAUCGUACAACGACGGCGGCGUUCGGAGGUCUACGUGCUCUUUUCGGCGGGUCGGCUCGCGGAUCGGGCGGUGUCUGGUUGACGGCGAGGCAACGGCGGCGGCGGUCGUCUUGGACCGGGAGUAGUUGAGUCUGCUGAGAGGUGCGGAGAUGGUGGCCGAGGCGGAGGUGAUGCAUCAGACCCCCGUGCCGGUGCUAGAGGUGCAGUACCACCGGUGCGUGACGACAAAAGGGGUUGAAGACGUCGUCGGGAUGUCCGCGGCGGCGGCGGCGGCCGUAGCCGCGCCCGCGGAGGUCGGGGUUGAAGUCGAGGUCGAGGUCGAGGUCGAGGUCGAGGUCGCCGUGGAGGUGCCUCUCAUGGGGUUGGAGCAGCCUGAUGCUGCACCAAGUGUGUCUAUGGACGUGCUACAGUUUGUGCCCACCAUUCGAUCUGGUAGCUUUGCCGAUAUUGGGCCUAGGAGGUACAUGGAGGAUGAACACAUCAGGAUAGAUGAUCUUUCUGCUCAUCUUGGCUCACUGUUGGUCUGCCCUUUGCCUAGUGCCUUCUAUGGGGUUUUUGAUGGCCAUGGCGGUCCGGAUGCCGCAGCCUACAUGAAAAGGCAUGCAAUGAGGUUCUUAUUCGAGGAUAGUGAGUUCCCACAAGCAUCUCAAGUCGAUGAGAUGUACGUUCAGUCUGUUGAGAGCUCUGUCCGCAGAGCUUUCCUGCAGGCAGAUCUUGCUCUGGCUGAUGAUUUGGACAUCAGCCGCUCAUCUGGAACCACUGCGCUCACUGCAUUAGUCUUUGGGAGGCAACUACUGGUUGCAAACGCUGGUGACUGCCGUGCGGUCUUAUGCCGAAAAGGAGUCGCGAUGGAGAUGUCUCGAGACCACCGCGCAAACUAUGUCGAGGAGUGCGAGAGGGUCGCGGCAUCCGGAGGGUACAUUGAGGAUGGCUACCUCAACGGGGUCCUCUCGGUGACGCGCGCCCUAGGCGACUGGGACAUGAAGACGCCCGACGCGUCGGUGUCCCCGCUCAUUGCGGAGCCCGAGUUCCGGCAGGCGACGCUGGGCGAGGACGACGAGUUCCUCAUCAUGGGCUGUGAUGGCAUCUGGGACGUGAUGACGAGCCAGCACGCGGUGAGCCUCGUACGGCGGGGCCUGCGGCAGCACGAUGACCCUGCCCGGUGCGCGAGGGAGCUCGUGAUGGAGGCCAAGCGGCUGGAGACGGCGGACAACCUCACGGUCAUUGUGGUGUGCUUCGCAUCGGAGAUGGGAUCACAACAGCAGGAGCAGCCCGUGAGGCCCAGGAGCUGCAAGGGCCUGUCGACGGAGGCACUGUGCAACCUGAGGAGCUGGCUGGAGACCGACCACCGCUAGAGGGAGAACCUGAGGAGCUGGCUGGAGACCGACCACCGCUAGAGGGAGAACUUGAGGAGCUGGCUGGAGACCGACCACCGCUAGAGGGCGGCGGCAGCGGCUGCUUGAGUGUGGAGGAGGUUGGGUUCGGGAUGUGUAAAUACUAUGCUGACAACACUGGUUGACGCAUGAUGAGCGCUGGGCCAUUUGUUGAGAGGCGGCUGCGGAUUACGUAGGCAGGUCAGCUGUAGCAGCAGCCAGCAGUUUUGUAGGUUAUUUUUCACUUUGUUCUUUCUUUCUUUCUUUCAUCCUUGUUAUUUAGUCGUUGAUGUUAUUGUUAGCACCACCUCUCUGUUGUACAUAUAUGUAUGAUGAUGAUGUUGAUGGCAUGCUCCAUUGCCACUACCUUCUUCCA